AUGAAUGACCGACUGCAAAAGCAAGAGGCGAAACUAAUGACAAUUCUGAUGUGCGUUAAGUUCUUGAUACAAUUUAUCUCUUUCGGCCACCUUUUUUUAAUUAUCUUGGUAGAUGAUGCCUCCCCCAAAGAUCCAUUCACAAGUUACCUGUUGUGGCCGCAUUUCCACUUCAGCGGUACAUUUCGUUCUGACGUCUCCACCGUAAACAACAACCCACUCAAUUUCGACACAGAAAAAUUCACUGCUGCGGAUCUCAUACAAGGGCCUAGAAACUGGAACCCGAUGGGUAGUGGCGAGUGGAGCGUGACUGGCUCGGUGACACAUGUAUGCUAUUCUAAUGGUCACUGCGUAGGAGAAGAUGAGGGCGACAAAAGUUCUGAGCCACUCAUGGGAGCAUUGAUCAUGGGUAAAAAUUGAAAGAUGCUAUUUGUCUAAAAUCACUAUAAAUCAGAAAGAUCGGUUUUAGCCCCAAAAUAGAGUCGUUUCGGUGAGCAAAAUACAGUCCUAUUUUUGGCUCCCUUAAUCAGAGGCCAACACAGUCCAAUUACCUAGGGGCUGAAUAGGACGCAAGGGCUGAAAUGGCUCCCAGUUUGCGCUGGAAGUGCCUUUUGAUGGGGCUGUUUUGGCUUAAAUUGUCCUCAAAAGACUCCAGGAGGGGUUAAAUAAGACUUUGGCCUGCGAGGCUAAAUUGGCACUUUCGCCGGGGCUGAAACAGAUCUUUUUAUUUUCCAGUGCAUAUACCAAAGCGUGCCGUUCAAUUUCCUCUUCUGGACUGAAACUCUCGUUCUUGCCAAAAUAGCCGAAACAUUCAAGAAAAACAUAAACAAAGAGCAACGAAAUAAUAAACAGAUCUUCUCACUUACCCCUUUUCUAGAUGGAGGCAAUAAAACGUUUGCAAAAUUGGUUGACUUGGAUCCCGAAGCGCAACUUUUUUCGGAAAUUUGGGGAUGGAGAAUUAGAGUUGGAAACCUGUUUUCUGCUGAUUACACACCAGUUCCUUUUCAGUAUAUAUGGAAAAAAAUGGUCACUAGGCGACGAGGAGAUUCUACUCUCGGAGCAGCAUACCAGUCCGUUUUGUCGAAUAUUCGAUGGAUAGACACCUCAAACGACUCGCCUUUCAUCAGACAGAUUCAAACUUCAAUGAACAAUGAUAACAUUGACGGCGAAAGACUAUCCAUACGUUUUAAUGUGGAUAUGUACCAGCGCGAUUACCGGAAAGACAAUUUUACCAUAGGACGCGUGACAGGUAAGAUAUAUAGAUGAAAAUGAAAGAACUGAGAGACUGAGAUAUGUUUCAUAGUCCAUAACGUAUGCAAAAAGUAAUUAAAGUCAUAAUAAAAUAUUCAAGCAAGACGAAGAUAGAUUACACGACUUUGCGGUAAGAAUCAAUAAAGCCGGGCAAUGUUCUAGGAAAAAAGCUUCGUAAAAAUGAAAAUGAAUAUGAAAAAUAAUAUAAUAGAAAAGCUCGGAACUUCUGAAGUGUACAAUGCAUGGUUGCAAUAAAAUGUGCUCUCUCAUCUCUUAUCCCACAAAUUAGAUAUAAUCUUAAUGAAAAAGCUAACAAAGCAGUUUCAAAACUUCAGGCACAAUUGGUCUGUUGGGCCGGAAAUCCCCUCCGUUUUUCACUCACGGCCGCAUGAUGAAGUCGAUGGCGAGUCAUCUUCAGGACACACCCUUUUACCUGGACCAGAGGCACAGGAAAGUUUUUGUUGACUUUGGCAACAGUUUACCUAUACAUGAAAAUGGAACUCUUUUUACUGAUCUUUACGACAGUCUUCGUGUUGCCUUGCCGCUUAAUGAACAACCCUCAAUGACGUGCUCUGACGAUCUACUGUGGCUAGGUGUAGUUUACAAUCAAUACCCCAAUUGGUACCAGAACUCCGCGGGGGUGCAGAUCUUCCCAGCUCUUGGAUCAUUAUCUGAAAGCGAAAUGGAAAAACUUAACAGCCAUCCAUUGGUUGUUGUAGAGGUACAUAUAGUAUAGACAGCAAGAUGGGUGCUCUUUAUUUCAAAAACUUUUCAAAGCUUUGUUUAUAGGUCUAAAAUUACAACGCCACGGAACUAUGAAAUACAUAUCGUAUUGCAGGGCCAUUCUGUAGUAUCGUGGGAUUUCAAGCUACUGCAACGGUUCAAAAUCUCGUAGGGGGGGGGGGUACUUCUUAUAAGAGGCUAAUGGGGAUGUGCCGCUGGAUGGGGUCGCAUUUUCAUGACUGGAUUGACUAUAAUGGGGUCGCAUUUUUUUCAAUAGAGUUACUAGAAUUGGGUUGCACAUUUUCGGAUUUUUUUGGAUAAGACAGUUCUUCAUAUUUAUGGUUACCAAACGUACCAGAAUGUUUGUACUGUAGAUGAAAAGUAAAUUGUUCUUCAUUCAUUCUAACUGAAAUGUGUCAAUUCAUCAAAAUAGAAAGUGACAAAGUUGGGAAAGUUGGAACCCCUCCCUAGGUUCAAAAUACGAGAUAUCCCAUCAUAAUACACACUAAAUCGUCCAAUAAGAUAUUUAAUAUCUUAUUUCCCCUCUGGAAAAAAUAUUACAUUUUCACCGGUCCGACGUUUGUAGACACCUAUCAAACCUAUCAAACCUAUCUUCUGGUGAGCAAAUGCCGUGGGAUAUGCGAACUCGUUUGUUACUCUUUGUAGGCUAGGUUAAUCGAAAAAAACCUGUUAGUGUUACCAAGGAUUUUCCUAGCUUACCCAUUUCAAAAAUUGAAAAAAAAAAAUGGAAGGAUUUAUUACCUUUAUCAAUAACGAACACGUAUUUGGUUCUCUAUAUUCUCAGGCAAGUGGUAAUUUGCCAGUCCUCAAAUGCAAAAAAAUACUGCUAGCCGAAGAUAUAGACGGUCUGGAUAUACAUCCAUACAACACAUGGACAUUUCGGAAGAAUCCAGGUGAUCUAGCUCAAGUUAAGCUGCUUGCCACGAAGUUUGGAAAACCUCUUCCUGGUGCCCGUGUCAGGCUUGAUCCUUGUAACUGUGAAAAUAUUUUCUCCGGUGGACCAGAAGUUGGGCAACCUGCUUUGGAUGUACCUUCUUAUUUAACCACAGACAAGAACGGACGUGCAACUCUUGACAUUGAGGCAAAAGAUCCAAAAAAUAACAGGAGCUUAAUUGACGGACAACUGUAUCCUUUUAUAUACUCCCUUGAUGGUCAAAAUAAAAAUUGCUCGCACAUGUGCAAAAAUAAUGCUCUGAUGCUUCUAAACUCUUUGGUUGUUGUCCUGGUGUUUGAUGAAUACAAACUAAAGGGAGUGGAACCAACCUGGCUAGAUGAUGUUUAUCCCAUCUUCAAACAAUACGCCAAUUUAUAUCCAGUAAUGUCAAAGAACUUCGUUGAUCUGGGGAAUUAUUACGACGUCAUAAACCACAAAAAGGCUAUAAAAAUGAGUCUUGAAUUACCCAUCUCUCAUCCGAAUCAUAUGCCUGUUACCCGUGACCUUUCCAAAUCAAAACGUCAAGUCAUUGUGGAAUGGCUAUCAAAAGAAAAGCCUCCUAUCGGCGACCCGAAGCGCUUCUAUUCUGUCGAACACCUCCGAAGUGACCUGCAGACUGCUUUGGAAUUAGAGCAUGCAACUAUUCCCACGUACCUUACUGCUUUAGCCUCUAUCAAGUACAGCUACAACCUCGAAAUCCAAAGAGUAAUGAAGGCAAUAAUAAUUCAAGAGAUGAUGCACAUGGCACUCGUUGGAAACAUCCUGAAUGCUAUUGGGGGCGAGCCAUCUCUGUACUCAAAGGAAUUCAUUCCCAUUUACCCUUCUCGCCUUCCCGGGGGAGUACAGCCAGACCUGAUUGUUCCAAUUGAGAAACUUUCACUUGGUCUCAUCAGAAACAUAUUCAUGAAAAUAGAACAACCUGAGCUGGAACAACAACGAAUUUCCCGUUUUCAGCAAAUAUUUUCGUUCGCACACCAUCACAAAAGGCUUAUGGAGGGUAAAGGCCACUGUCAGGGAGGUGAGGAGAGUGAAGGCUGUCAGAUACACGAGUUCACAGUGCGCCAAAACAUGCUGAUUACAGACCCCCAGGCUGACGGAGAUCGAUCGUCGGAUUGUUCUUUUUCCAAGGAGCUAUUUCUCAAAAGGUUAGAGUUAUUAGUUCUUGAAACAGAUAAUUUAUAAAUUAUGUUGUAAGUGGGGAGGGCAGUGUAGAAAAGACUGAGCUUGGAAUCUCCCCUCACCACUUGAAAGUGGCAUAGGAAUCAAAGCCUUCACGAAGAAGGCUUGGCAAUCUUCAGAUCUUAGAGAGCUGAACUUUUCAGCCGAGUCGUCUAUCUUCCACCAUACAACAUAUGGACACAGUUUUUGUAUACUUGUGAAUACAUUUUGUACUUAGCUGAGUUAUGGAUCAAGUGGUAGAGCGAGGGUCAGGAAAUUUUGAAUGUAGUUAUAAUUUGUGUGAGUUGUAAAUACCUCAAAAUACUAAUUUUUAACUGCUUGAAAUAUUUUAGUAUGUAAAAUUAGUUACUGUACAAUGAUAAUAAUAUAUAGUAGUUUUGUAUUUCUUAUUUUUUUGGCACGACCCCUUAGGCUUUUCAGCUUUAGUUACUACCGUGGCAUGGAUAAAUAAAGUUUAUUGAUUGAUUGACUGAUUGGUGUUUGAUAAAAUCAAGGAGUUGAAAAAUACUUGAAAGUGUAUAUUUUUCUAUUCAACAAAAUGACGUCAUUGUGUCAAUCAAGUUAUGCCCAGAAGUUGGAAAUGAUAAGUACAUCACUCUGUGUAACUUUGGCGGUCGUGAGCGGAUUUGAAGUUAUAGAGGAGGGCCUCCGAUCCCCUUCACCCCCCCCUCCCGGUCGCGGGAAGCAAAACAAUCCCGGUCUGAAUAGGGUUAAACUAAAGUGUACUGAAUGUAUGAAAACGGUUUUGCACAGAUUUCAAGAUGCGCCAACUGCGAAAUAUACACCAGAUGGUAGAUCCUGAAAUUGACCUUGCAGAGGAACACAGAAUGGAAGUAGGAAAACAGGAGGAAAGGAAAGAGGUUGUAACCUUAUUUUAGUGGCAUUGAAGUUACAUUACUAAAAUAAUAAUACCGCCGAUAUCCUUGUUCUGGGCUUCCAACAAACUCUAUGGAUAACCAAUAACGGAUAAGUGCGUUUCAAAUUUCCUUUCAUCCUGAUUGGCAAAUCGACAAUGGCUUUCUUAACAGGCCAAUCGUGGCGCGUACUCAAAUCCUGGUACACAGGCUGGGGCCCAGAACAAGGAUUUCGGCGCUGUUUCGCAGCCGGACUUAACAAGAGUUUAGUUUCUUCUGUGACGCAGGCUACUCCUAAUCAUGAUAUGCCAAUUGUGAAAACCUGUGAGGCCUUGUUGGCUACCAAAUAAUGGCUGAUUGAUCAGAAAUUCUUAAACGAUUAGGGUACGUAUAGGUUCUAUUGGAAGUAGCUGGAAAUUUGGAUUACUACUAAAUUUAAUGACAAAACCAACCCAAGGAGACUCUUAGGUUUCCAUGCUUUAAAUUGUGCUUUAAUUUUUGUAUUUUUAGCAUGGAAAAUUUCCGGGCGACAACAUAAAAAUCGUGAAGCAUCACAACACAAUCGGGGCUUUCUACAAUCACAUUUUGAACGCCCUUGACUACCUCACUGACUGUGGAAAGAACAACAGUAUAUUCAAGGGCGACAUGAACAGACAGGUAGAUUUUGGCGAAUGGUCUGUGCACGGACAUACAAUAAAGGUGUACGACUACUUCACGGCCGUAGAAGCCAUUGAGAAAAUUAUUGAACAGGGUGAAGGUAGUUCUCCCUGUAACCCGGUUGCCUGGGAUACUGGAAGUGGGAAGGACCUAUCGCAUUAUUUUCUGUUCUACUCGGUUGCCGAAAAACACGAGAUUCAAGUCGUCUUGACAGACACGUCUCCAGACGGCAGCGAAGAUGACAGUGUGAUAGAUUACACUGAGGUAUGUUUUUCUAACAAGAAUAGAAAUACAAAAAAGGGAAAGAACAUCCACUCAGGGGACACCCUCGGGACCAGAACUAUUGUCCCCUAAACAUAGAUGCACCUUCAACAGAGGUAACUGAUUCAAAGGACUUUUAGAAAUUUUUUUUUUGGCCUCUUGAGUGGACGUGUCCCUGGAGUGGAAGUGCCCCAAAGGAUGGAGAGGUUUCACUGUAUGCGGUUGAAAUGCCCAGUCAUGCAAACCUAAUUAACUCUUGCACAUAUUGUACUUGGACUCAUGCAAUAGUAUUCCGCAUCAUUCGCAACCAUAACUGUCUACCUUGACGAUGAGAUUGGAUCAAAAUUUCUCGAUCUGUAACACUGUCAUUGUCAUUUCCUGAAAGAGGGUAGGCUAUAGAGUGUUUUCACAUGACGUCACGGCGGCCAUAUUGGUGUCCCAAGACAAUGAAACGGCGGCCAUGUUGGUGUCCCAAACUAAUCCUUUGGGAGUUGAAGUCUUUUCUUAUGCAAACGCUUUCUUUUGUUCCAAUAAAUUUGCAUAGAUGCUGGCCACGUGAGUGAAAACACUCUAUACCCCCUGCUUUCUCCCUCAUUUAAGCCAGUCUGCUAUACUUCACUUGGCCGAUACAAGCGCAAACGUUUAAGCAUAUUAUUUUGCCUAUUAUUUUGUAGAACGCCAGACAAAUUAGUGAUAUGUAAAUUGUAUGAUUCUCGCUUGUUGUGGCUUAUUAGCUCAUCCUUCGCAUUUGACAUAAAGAACGGUCUUGGUUAUAUUUAAUUUAACCUCUUACUAUUAGUCAAUUCGUCCUUUAACCAUGUAUUAGCACAUGUAACGAUUGCGCCUUAUAUCUUUAUUUUAUAGCUUUGUAAUGGCACGUACUACUUCAACGGCUCCAAGAUCCCUUUUGAUCCAGACGGUGUUUGGCCGAUGGUUUCUAAUCCUCGAAUGUCUAAGUACAAGAAAGGGUCCAAUGCAUACAGGCAAGCAGAAAUGUUCAAUAUGGUUUACACUAAGCUCCUAAAAUCGCUGGAAAACGUGUUCAACGGCCGUCCCGAGACCUUGAAAGAUGCCCUGGGUCUCAUGUUUUCUGUUGAUCUUCAUUUGAGAAACUUGCUGGCCACGCCUAUUGAUGACAAUGGAGAUCCUGAUGUGGGGCCAAACGCUGGUCCUACUUUUGAUUUUACACCCUGA